AUGAGAGCUAUGCUCCCCAUAUUGUGUGAUCAGGUCAUUGUUCACGGCGAAAAGGCAAUGGUGUGGACACACUUUCCUGCUGAGCAGAUCUAUGUUGUGACAAUUCUCACGGAGGCCAACAUUGAUGCGGAUGUUUUCCAUGCUGGAGUAUCUCGUGAUGAGGGAAUUAAUCUCAUUGAACGAUAUACUCAGAAACAUGACGAGUGCAUGGUGCUAGUAAGUGAAUAUAACGUCAAUGCUGCUGGUUUGAACCUACAAAGCUCAUGUCAAAAUGUUCAUCUCCUCUCCGUGGGCCUAUUCAAGUCAGUUGUCAAUCAAGCUAUAGGAAGAGUCAGUCGACUGGGCCAAGAGCGUAUUACGUUCGUCUACGAGUAUCGCCCCGGAAAGUCUUUCGACCAAGUUCUUGUUCAUCGCAGCGAGAUAAAAGCUCUUCCAGGCCUGAUAGUGGACCUCGGCGAGGAUUUUGACUUCAGCUCAAUCUCGCAAGGUGACAGACAAAUGUAUAACUAG